AUGUCGAAAGUUUUUGAAAUUUUCAAAAUUCUAUUUUAUAGUACCACACAGAAUACGAAUACCAAUAGAUGGGCUCGCAAUUCAUCGAAUGUUGAACCACUAAAACCAUGUAGAGAUGGUUUCGACUGUAUCCCACAUCAUAAUGGAAAUGCAGAGCAUAACGCACGUUAUUCGCAUCCUUGCCAAUGGUUAGAUUUAUGCCGUGAUAUAAAUGAGAAUGAACAUUCACGUCACUAUACACAUCCAAUAGAUGCUAUUGAUGUGUGCCAAUAUGGAACAGCUAAUUGUACAAAAUUAGGUGAUCCCGAACACCGUCGUACAUAUCGACAUGUUGGCCUGCCUUACCUUCUCGUACCAUGCAAAUAUGGUUCUCGAUGUGAAGAUCGAUCUACAGAACAUUUAAAGAAGUUUAAACAUCCACCCGACUUUUAUCAAGAAACUAAUUUUAAUACUGCAAGUAAUGUUUCAAAUACAAAACAAGAAUGUAGAUAUGGUGCCAAUUGUCGUGACCAAUCCGAUCCGACCCAUCGUGAUCGUUUUCAACAUCCUACAAAAACAUCAUCACUUUUUGUACCGGCUACUACUAGUAGUCAAUCAUCGAAUACGAACUCAAAUACUGCUCGUUCAUCGCGUUUUCAUAAUAUUCGCGGUGAUGAUGAUGAUAUUGAAAGAGAGCAUAAUAUUGGAGGUGCAAUGAAUUCAGGAAGAUCCAGUAUACAAGAUCAAACAACAAUAAAAAAUACGCACCAGGAUACUGUUUCAUCAUUUUCAAGUACAAAACAAGAAUGUAAAUAUGGUGCCAAUUGCCGUGACCAAUCCGAUCCGACACAUCUCGAUAAAGAACGAGUUAAAGUUCUUAUUCGUUCACAAGCUUUAAAGGAUAAAUAUCACUCUGAUGCUGUUAUUGUUACAUUUGAUUGUGGUCAAGGUAAUGUUACACAUAUGAUUUCACAUUUUUAUUUACAACGCUCCGAAACGGCUAAUGCUCGUCAUAAGAUGCCGGCUCAACAAUAUGCACAAGACAUUAAAGCAUCAGAUAAUAUUACCAAACUGAUUACUAAAGAUGGUCAAAAUCUGAAUUAUGCUCAAAUUCAAUCGUCAUCAACUUCAGCUCAAUUUGUUUAUAAUCUAAUUUCGAAUCGUCUUAACUCGACAAAUAAAUCGACUUCAUCAACAAAUAGUCGAAAAGAUUUUCAAUAA